AUGCGAUCAAUAUUCAUCAUCAAAUCACUCCUACCCCUCCUGCUCUACCUACCAUCGACUCUAGCCCUGGGAACUCAGCUACCUUCACCCUCUGAUGACAACCCAGCUUUCCACAGCGCUUCCGAACUACCCCCCUCCUCUUCCUCCUCUUCCUCCUCUUCUUACCAACCCAUCUCUUCACCCCCUUCUCAACAGCCUUCCCUCGCCAAGGUAGUGUAUCCGGACGAAGAUCCCGCACACUCCCUUUUAGCUUUGUUUCGAUCUCGUAUUGAACAUGGUAAAAAUUCGGGUUGGGUGCCUAUCGAGGAUCCGUUGGAACAUCCUGCUCAUCAUUUCAAUGCCAAAGAAUGGGCAAAGAAAGGGAAAAAGGCUGGGGCAGAGUUUACCUUUACUGCUGGAACAAGGGGGGAGGUGCCGGUUGAGAAAGUGAAGGCUAAUUUGAUGGUUGCGGGUGAGAGAGGAGGGGAGAAAGGUAGAGGUUUUAAAUCUCAACAAGCAAGUGCUAUAGAUGGUAAGAGAAGGGUUGGGAGGUUCAACGAAGGUGGAUUGUGGCCUUUUGCUCGUUGGCAUUCUUUUCGUCAGAAAGCAUCUACCUUUGCUCCUUCAGAGGAUGUUACGAUGGGAAGACAUAACUCUCCGACGCGCAAAGCUCUCGAUUCGGCUCGGAGCAAACCAGAAUCCCUCUCCUCGACACCACCUUUAUCUCGUCCUAAAACUCCUGCUAACUCUCUCAGCCCCAAUCCCCCUUCCACCCCACCUUCUCUCAUCACGCAUGACAAGGUUCAAUCAUGGCUAAGUACCACGCCUCCCCCACCGCGCGAAAUCGCCCCCUAUCGCAUGUGGUCAGUCUCUCGCUCCCUGCCUUCGAUCAACCUCCACGGUUACAACAAGCUCACUGAUCGCGAUCCCGUCGCGUACUCACACUGGCUCAAAAUGCUCGAAUCCCAAAAGACUUUGGACUUCCUCGAAAGCUGGUCUAAAUCUCUCCAAUGGAGCCACGAUAAUCGGGUCUACCCUACCCGCGAGGCUCGCGUUAUAACGACUCUGGGCAUAGUUACGGGUUCUCAGGUUUCAACCGCUCCUCCAAGGUUCCUCGAGGAUCCAGAGAAUCCGAGGCCGAUGGUAGAAUCACUCGAACUAACGCUGAGAUCUAAGCGACUAUACGCCUUAGGACAGCUCGCAAAAUUAGUUCCGCCUGCAUUGGUAGGUCAUAGUCCCGGCGUGUAUGCUAAGCAUGAAGAGAAUGGAUGGAAUGAUGUGGGGGUGGGGGAAGGAAAGAUUCGCUUUCAUGAAAAAGUUCAUCCCAUACAAUAUUUAAAUCAGAUGUUAAGGGAUGGAAAUGGUGCGGUGAUAUUGGAAAAUGCUGUUCAUGGUGAACUUCAUCAAGACCUAGCUGAUAUUCCACAGAAAGCAAUCGCCCAUCUCGUCAGCCUACGAAACAAGAACAAGGGUGCGAGAGAAAGCAAUAUUGCACGCACCACAUCAGGUAGCAGUGGUGGUGGUCGAGCUGAAGGCUCGGGUGAAGCAACAAGCGAACUCAAGGGCAGACAAAAGGGAGGUGCCAAGGCGAAAGAGACCUUGGAGGAUCUUCUGGGGACCGAGUAUGCUCUGCAUAAUAAAUUUCACUUUCCAUAUUUCAAGGAUAAACCAGCUUUCAAAAUCCGUAACCCACUGGACACGCCGUUGGAGGAAUUUGCUGCAUUUAAACCUUUUGCUGAUGCUGUCCGGUUGCGGACGCCUUAG